CGGCUGGCGCCGUUGGCGGGCCGCGUCUGCGGGCGGCGGUGGCUGGUGCUGCUGCUCUUCUCGCUGCUGGGCUUCGCGCAGGGCCUGGUGUGGAACAGCUGGGGCCCCAUCCAGAACUCGGCCCGCCUGGCCUUCGGCUUCAGCGGCUGGGACAUCGCCCUGCUCGUCUUCUGGGGGCCCAUCGGCUUCGCGCCCUGCUUCUUCUUCAUGUGGCUCAUGGACAAGAAGGGUCUGAGGGUAACGGUGUUACUAACAUCAUCUCUCAUGGUAUUGGGAGCUGGCCUGAGAUGUGUUCCAGUUUCAGACCUAGAAAUUAGGAAGAAGCUGAUUCACGGAGGGCAGCUGUUAAAUGGCUUGGCGGGCCCAACUGUGAUGAAUGCAGCACCAUUUCUUUCCACGACGUGGUUUUCUCCAGAUGAACGUGCCACAGCAACAGCCAUCGCAUCGCUGCUCAAUUACCUGGGCGCUGCUGGCGCGUUUCUAGUGGGACCUCUUGUAGUGCCAUCUCCUAAUGGAACAUCUCACCUCUCGCUGCUAUCGCAGAGCAACAAUGAGCACAUCAAGGACCGCAUCGAGGCUGUGCUGUAUGCAGAAUUUGGAAUGGUUUCCCUGAUAUUUUCUGCAGCAUUGGCCUACUUCCCCUCACGCCCGCCAUUCCCUCCCAGCGUGGCUGCGGCAAGCCAACGGCUCAGCUACAGGAGAAGUUUUUGCAGACUCUUAAGCAAUUUCCGAUUCUUGAUGGUUGCUUUAGCCUAUGCUAUACCACUGGGUGUUUUCUCUGGCUGGUCUGGUGUUCUGGAUUUGAUAUUAACGCCAGUUCAUGUAAGCCAAGUAGAUGCAGGCUGGAUUGGAUUUUGGUCUAUAGUUGGAGGUUGUGUUGUUGGCAUAGCAAUGGCAAGAUUUGCAGAUUUUAUCAGGGGCAUGCUGAAGUUCAUACUGCUGCUGCUUUUAUCUGGAGCAACGUUAGCAUCAACCUGGUUCACUCUCACCUGUCUAACUAGUGUCACUCAUCUGCCUUUAACCACAGCUACACUGUACACAUCCUGCAUAUUGUUGGGUAUAUUUCUCAACAGCAGCGUACCAAUAUUCUUUGAGCUCUUUGUGGAGACAGUCUACCCUGUUCCAGAAGGAAUUACCUGCGGAGUUGUCACCUUUUUGAGUAAUGUGUUUAUGGGAGUGCUUUUGUUUUUCCUCACAUUUUACCAUACAGAGUUUUCCUGGUUCAACUGGUGCCUGCCAGGAUCAUGUCUGCUCAGCCUGCUCCUCAUCCUGUGCUUCCGCGAGUCCUACGACAGACUCUAUCUUGACGUUGUCGUCUCUGUGUGAUAAUGCCGGACUGGUGAGGGGUUGGAAGAGACUGGAAGUCAGCUUUGCAGUCUGCACAUCUGCCUGGAUUUGCACAGCUGAACAGCAGAAGAGCAAAGAAAUUACAAGACUUAAUCGUGGUUUUAUUAGGGUGAGGGACAGUCUGUUCUUACGUUCAAGACCACCUUGAUUUGCGAUAAACGUGGAACUUGAGUGGUGAUAAUGAUGCUGAAAUGCACAAAGAUAAUAUAUAGGAUGUACAGGUCCUGGUGCCAGAGCUGGGGCUCUCUAUUUAAAAAGCUGUUGAUGUAGCAGUGAGGUGUACAGUUGUGUGUGCGUGUGUGUGUGCCGACUCACGGUUAUACACACUGGGGUACCAGUAAUCUUCAGAGUCUUCUAUCAGAAUAGAAAUAGUGAAUAAUCUUAACAAAAGAUUUAAAAAAAAAAAGGGGAAAAAAAAAAUCUUUUUUUAAAGAUCUCUCUUUUAAAUGGCUAGUCAUUUAUAUAAUGAAUGUCCAUUAAACAGUUAAACUAAAAUGAUUUGGUGCUUGUACACUACAUUUACAUUCUAAUAAAGUGAUUUCUGAUAUAAGACACUGGUACCGGGGUUUUUAGCCAUACUAAAUAUCCCAAACAAUCCUUGCAGUGUUGUUAGAGGUGUUUGUUAUCACCCUGGAGCACAUCUAAACGAUAGCUUUAGCUGCCACUGAAACCCAACUUGCACCCGCAGUCGCCUCUGAAAUACCACCAUGGUUCUGUAUGUCCUGAAUAUGGAGCAUCUGUGGUAUCUCAGAAGUUUACUGGAGAGUCACUCUUGGUAAAUGUUGCUGUUUUAAAGGCCACCACUGUGUCACGUUUUCAUCCCCCAUCUCCGGUACUGCCUUUUUUACUGUGAAGACCUGUUCAUGCCACUGAAUACUGUGGGUGUGGAUGUCCAAGUCCCACUAGUUCCCUUCUGAUACUCUAAGGUGUGUGUGGUUUUUGGGAUUAGUUUAUGACUGAGGGUGACGAAACAAUAUUGUUUGUUAACCCAAGUCUUUAAAAUCACUGUUUCCUAAAAAAAAAAAUCUUUCUUGUUGAUGAGGCACUCUGAUGGCGAAAUGACAAUGAGUUUGACAAUGAGAAAUAACUCAUGAGUUUUGGCAUAAUAUGGGAAAUAUAAUGCCAGCUCUUUUUAUCAGUACUAACCUGUGGUCAUUCUGGCCCUUACUUGAACAUAAAUAUUAAAGACACUUUGAAUAGUUUUUUAACUCAAUUUUAAACCUGCUAAUAAUUUCUUAAUUAUAUUCUUAGAUUUCAGUUCAGCAUCAUUUACAGUAUUUCCAUGUGUGUGUUCUGUGCUCUGUGUUAGGGGUGUGUGUUUGUGUGUGUAUGUGUGCGUAUUUAUAUCUAUGU